AUGGGUCUCAAACUUGUCAUGCAUCUGGUGUUAAUACUUAUGGCCUUAUCCGCCACAUCUGCAAGUAGAGCAAGGGAGCUUUUAGGCGGCGGCGUCUUCGACGUGACUAGUGCAAAAUAUGGCGCAAAGCCGAAUGCUGAUAUCACUCAGGCUAUAGCAAAUGCAUGGAAAGAUGCAUGCGCUUCAACAAUCCCAAGUAAAGUUCUUGUUCCAAAAGGGGUUUACAAAUUGAAAGAAGCAACUUUCAGCGGUCCUUGCAAAGCUCCUAUCGAGCUUCAGGUCCAUGGCACAUUGCAAGCGCCACCAAACGGUGCCCAGCUAUCGAAACCAGAUACUUGGAUCAUGUUUUCAUACCUCGACAGGUUCACAUUGUCCGGUUUUGGAGUCUUUGAUGGCCAAGGACAACAAGCUUGGAAAGCCAAUGAUUGCCACAAAAACCCCAAGUGUUCAUCUAUUGCCAUUAACAUGAGGUUCCACGCUAUCAAGAACUCAUUAGUUAGAGAUGUAACUUCACUCAACAGCAAAAACUUCCAUGUCAACGUAUUAGCAUGCGAGCAACUUACGUUCCAACACUUCACGGUAACUGCACCGGGAGAUAGCGUUAAUACAGAUGGAAUACAUAUCGGCCGCUCAACCGGGAUCAAUAUUACUGAUUCUCAUAUUGCUACAGGAGACGAUUGCAUUUCAAUUGGUGAUGGCACCAAGCAACUAACUGUGACUAAGGUGACUUGUGGACCAGGUCAUGGAAUAAGCAUUGGAAGUCUGGGAAGGUACCCGAAAGAAGAACCUGUUAGUGGAAUCAAUAUUAAGAGCUGCACCCUUAGUAAUACAAUGAACGGUGUUAGGAUCAAGACAUGGCCUAAUUCUCCAGCAGCUAGCACGGCCUCAGAUAUUCAUUUUGAGGAUAUAAUCAUGAAUAAUGUUGGCAACCCAAUCCUCAUAGAUCAAGAAUACUGCCCUUGGAAUCAGUGUAAUAAACAGGCUGCAUCAAAAAUCAAGAUUAGCAACGUGAGCUUCAGGAACAUUAGAGGAACGUCUUCGACUCCGGUGGCCGUGAAGAUUGUAUGCGCCAAGGGGUUACCUUGUGACAAGGUGGAGAUGACUGACAUUAAUCUUAAGUACAGUGGAAAUCAAGGCUCCCUUACAUCUCAAUGCGCAAAUGUGCAGCCAACAAUCACUCGAGUGUCAAAUCCUCUUGCUUGUGCCACCAAAUCUUGA